AUGGCUAAAGAUAACCCACCAACCAUGAUUGGUAAAAAUAAACCACCAAACGUCAUUGCUAAAGAUAGCCCACAAAUCGUGAUGGCUAAAGAUAAAACACCGAUCAUGAUAAGUAAAGAUAACACACCAAUCAUGAUUGCUAAAGAUAGCCCACCAAUCAUGAUCGCUAAAGAUCAAACACCAAUCAUGACCGCUAAAGAUAAUCCACCAAUCAUGAUCGCUAAAGAUGGCCCACCAAUCGUCAUUGCUAAAGAUAACCCACCAAUCGUGAUUGCUAAAGAUAAUCCACCAAUCAUGAUCGCUAAAGAUCAAACACAAAUCAUGAUCGCUAAAGAUAGCCCACCAAUCGUUAUUGCUAAAGAUAACCCACCAAUCGUGAUUGCUAAAGAUGACCCACCAAUCGUGAUUGAUAAAGAUAACCCACCAAUCGUGAUUGCUAAAGAUAGCCCACCAAUCGUGAUUGCUAAAGACAACCUGUCAAUUGUGACAG